GGAGUAAAUCACCAGAUCAACCUCAGAAAGAUGAGCUAACAACCAAGAAACAAACAGCACAGUCCAGAGAUUCAAUCACCAACCCCAACUCAAAAUUUCCCAAAUCCCAACUCAUCCUUGCCUUUUCCCCCUCACACACGUUCAGUCGGUCGCACCAAACCGGCAUCCUCCAGACUCCAGUUCCCCCCUAGGUAGUGUUCUAUAGCUCCAGCGCACGAACUCCCACUCGAAAUUCAGACAAAGGAAUUCCCAGAGAAAGCGAGCAAGGAGCGCUCAUCAAAAGCAUCGCCAAUCUCCUCUCUCAAAAGAGGCGAGGCGAUCCAGGAUAUCACCAGGAGGAGGAAAGCGUGCUCCCGAUGGGGAGUAGGAGCAGAGGAGGGAGAAGCAGCAGCGGCUUGCUCCUCCUCUCGCUCCACCUUCUCCUCGGCCUCCAUUCCUCCCUGCGCUGUUUCGUGUCGGCGGCGGGCGGGGGUGGCUCCGGCGAGCCGUACGUCGGCGUGACGAUCGGCACGGCGGUGACAAACCUGCUGUCGCCGUCGGACCUCGCGGCGUUCCUCCGCGCGCAGCGCAUCACCCGCGUGCGCCUCUACGACGCCGACCCGCGCCUGCUCUCGGCGCUGGCGUCCUCCGGCGCCCGCGCCAUCGUCGGCGUCCCCAACGACGAGCUCCUCGCGCUUGGGUCCUCCCCGGCCACCGCCUCCGCCUGGGUCUCCCGGCGCGUGCUCCCUUUCGCCGGCGCCAACUCCAGCAGCCCGGGCCUCAUCUCCGCCAUCGCCGUGGGGGACGAGGUCCCCACCGCCCUCCCCUCCGCGCUCCCGGUCCUCCUCCCCGCCAUCCAGUCCCUGGCGGCCGCGCUCGCCGCCGCCAACCUCUCCUCCAUCCCCGUCUCCACACCGCUGCCUUUCUCCAUCGUCCUCGACCCUUUCCCCCCUUCCCAGGCCUACUUCAACCAGUCCCUCGCGAAAUCCUUCAUCCUCCCGCUCCUCUCCCACCUCGCCAACACCUCGGCUCCCCUGAUGCUCAACCUCUACCCCUACUACUCGCUGAUGCAGAGCAGCGGCGUCGUCCCAGUCGACAACGCCAUGUUCAAGCCGCUGCCGCCGUCGCUGGAGAUGGUCGACCCCAACACGCUGCUCCACUACACCAACGUGUUCGACGCUAUGCUCGACGCCGUGUACGUCGCCCUGAAGAACCUCAACGUGAGCGCGCCGGUGCCGGUGCUGGUCACCGAGACCGGCUGGCCGUCGUACGGGGACCGGAAGGAGGAGCCCUACGCCAGCAGGGACAACGCCAACACCUACAACUCCAAUCUCAUCAAGCACGUCGUCACCGACAAGCCCGGCACGCCCAUGCGCCCCGGCGCGCAGGCCAGCGUGUACAUCUACGAGCUCUUCAACGAGGACCUCCGCCCGGGCCCCGUGUCGGAGGCCAACUGGGGCCUCUUCCAUGGCAACGGCACGCCGGUGUACCUGCUCCACGCGUCAGGGGCGGACGGGUUCUUGGGGAAUGCCACGACGGACCGGACGUUCUGCAUCGCGUCGGACGACGCGGACGAGAAGGCGGUGCAGGCGGCAAUGGACUGGGCGUGCGGCCCCGGCCGGUCCGACUGCACGGCGAUACAGCCCGGGGAGGGGUGCUACCAGCCCAACGACGUGCGGAGCCACGCGUCCUUCGCCUUCGAUACCUAUUACCAGUCGCAGGGCAAGGCCGGCGGCUCCUGCUACUUCCAGGGCGCAGGCAUGGUCACCACUACAGAUCCCAGUCAUGAUAGCUGCAUCUUUCCUGGAAGUAAGCUGUAUAGCAACGCCACCAAAUCUGACGGCGCAAACACAACCUCGUCGCAGACGAGUGAUGCCGAAGGAUCUGCAAUAUGGAGACUGAGGACAGGAAGGGGGGAAGGGUUUUUGUUGGUCUUCCGGUUUCUGUUGAGCGUGAUGGUAGUUAUCAUGACAAAUUCAAACUUAUGGACAUAAACAGGACAUGGUAGCUGUAACAUUUUUUUAGAUGACAUGUUAGACGAGAAUGCAGCGGAUGUAUGUUUAGUGAUUCUUUGUUAGAUAAGCAUCAAUAAAUAUUAUUCUCUCCCCAACUUCCAGAACUGGAAUUUCCUCCA